AUGUCUAAAUUAUUAGUAUUUGGUUUGAUCCAAACGAGCCCAUUGCAGCUUAGAAAUAUCUUCGACAGCCUAGUCAAUGCUAGAGGUAUUAACUAUUCGCUGGGUACGCUCCACAGACAUCAGACCAACUUCUCUGCAGAGCUGGAAAAGACCAUCAAUUCCGAAAUCAAUUUUAAAAAGAUCAGUCACCUUGAAAAGUUUGUCCGACAGCAUAGUAAAUGGUAUCGAGAUAAUGACUGCAUCAAUCGGCAUUACUUCAACUAUUUGCUGCUGGAUCCUCGAGUUACGAAUAAGCUGAGGGAACGAGCUGGUCGUCUUCAUCUCAUGGAUGUUUGGUAUACCUUUCUCAGAGCCAUUUUCUAUGUAGGAAAAGGCAAGGCUACCCGCCCUUAUGUUCAUUUAAAAAAAGCCCAGAAAUUUCUGAAUGAAAGCAACAGCAUUACGUUAGUUAAGGACCCGAAAUUGGCAUUAAUAGUGUCCAUCUGGAGGGCGAAUCGUGGGGUCUUGCUAGUCCGAGCUUUCCAAGGGAUUUCGUCACAAGAUGCGCAAACUCGUGAGGCAUCUGUUAUUGAUGCCCUAAGUAUGAAUCAUCUGACCAACCGGCGGUUGGGUGUUUACUGCGGUCCAGCUCGAAGUAGUUUAUCAAGUAAGGAGCGAAAGUAUCUGGGAAUAGCUUUGCUCCACAAAUUGAUGUUGAAAUUCCUAGCAAGCGAAGAGAAAGAACUUUUUCCGUUGAAGAAAACCAAAAACUGA